AUCGUUCGCUGUGUGAAGGAUCGGGCGCCAUCUUCUUCGUGCUGAGCUCUUCGAGGACAUCGACCAUUCGUUCACUCGAGAUCUCUUUAAAGUCUCGAGGGAAGGAGGGACCAGACCUUCACUUCAGGCAUCGAUCAUGCGGCCAGCCAACCAGCCACAGGAGCGUCGUUAAACGCGCCUGGCACGUUGGGAGUAGCAGCCACAGGCGCGGCGGCUGCGAGCUCGAAGCUUUGAAAUUUUGAAGUUUUGAAGUUUUGAAAUAGACGGUACGGCAUGCCGCGGGGCGGUCCAGAUUGGGCGACGAGGAGGGACAUUUGGCUCGCCUUCUGCAAAGGGAACGGGCAUGUUCUCGAGCGGCUUAACAAGAAGGGCCGCACUUUCUUCAGCUUCUUCGGUCCCGAAGGUCAACGAUUCGGUUCAUGGAAAAAAUGCGAGGAAUUUAUGAAGAGUUCACAGCAGGAUCCGCUAGGCGAAUUGGCAGUGCCAGAUUCGGACCAGUAUGUGCAGGUGGAGGUGCUCGAUGGAUUGAGUGUGUCCAGAAGUGCAGAGGUCGAGAAGCUCAAGUACACGGAGAUCGUGCCAGCGCUCCAGGUGGGUCCUGAAGCAGCACAUCAUCUUUCGGCGUACUCGAGAUGCUCCAAUUCGAUGUCAACACACGAGAAAUGGAUGGAGAUUCAUGAAGAUUGCUCUUCAAGCCCAUCUACAACAAAGCUGGGAUCUGACCGACAGGAAACGAUUAACCCCAACAGUUCAGAAGACCAUGAAGGAGCAAGGUACCUUCUAAAUAGCAGAACCGCGGGCAAGGCGUCAGAGGCCGAAGAAACCAAUGCCUCCCAGUCGUACGUGCAAUCCAAAUACCAUAAUCCGAAAUAUCUGAAGCACCUGUCCUCUGAAGACGAUGAAAGAGAAACGCUCUUUGGUUUGAGAAACGAGCAAGCAGCGGACGGAAAUGACGUUUUGAGUAGAAUCCACAGAGGUGCGCAACUCGCCGACACAAGGCUCGACGAUGCGUCUUACCACCAGUACAAGAGACGUGAGCACUGCACAAACGUUGAAACGCAAGGACGGCGAACCAACAAAGUGAGGCUCCAAACUUUGAACGACGAACGUAGAAUUCGAUACUCUGAAAAAGAGAAGUCUGGAGCUUCGAAGUUGAAGCUUGGCAUUUUUUCUCGUAAACGUAAGCCUGUUCCGAAGAAAGCUGUUUCGAAGCCCCUUGCCCUACUCGAUGCAGCGAAGCCAACUCACAGCAGACUGAGCACGAUGACGAACGACUCAGACAUGCUUCUCAGAAUUUUGUGGCGUAAGUAUAUGAAACAACGUAAGAUGAAAAGAGACUGACGACAAUCAGUCAGAACACAAGCUCGAUCUCCUCCAUUGAUGACGAGCAAGUUUGUCUCUCAGACUUAGUUCUCGAGUCUUAUUGUCGACGGUAGUAUCAGUGUUUUACUGAAGAAUUCAGCAUAACAUUGCUCUAUAUUUUUAUAAUUAUCAUCAGAACUGUGGACUUUAACCAAAUUCAAGGAUAUACAUUUCCACAAUAAACUAUUAGGAUUGCCUU